CACACACACACACACACACACACACACAUACAUAUCCGUGCAGAGCAGUGAACACCGUAGCCAGACACAGACACGGUGUGUGGACGCGGACACAGCACCGAGCAGCCGGACAGCAUCCUCCGUGUGAUCUGUCCUUCGCAGGGAAACACUUCUGGUCCAGCGUGACGUCGACAGUGAAGAGAGAAGAGCAUCUCUCCUCUGCAGCUCACUGAUGAAACUCCUCACAACUCGUUAUUUAACACAGUGUAACACCUGCCCCCCUGUUUCCUCCCCCGUCCUGUCGCCUCUGCUCUCCUCUGAGCGGCACACUUUCAAUUCAAAAGUUCAAUAGCAGCCUCAGGGCUUUGCUCUCGUCACCCCCCUCUCCCCGCCAUGUCCAACGACAGCAGCCUCCUCGCCACCUGGGAGGACACCGAUUGGUCCGACACCUCUCAGUGCCCGCCCUCUGUAGGCGGGGCGACUUUCUUGAUUGUGGCGUACAGCGCUGUCAUUGCAAUCGGGUUGCUGGGCAACGCGGGCCUGGUGUUCAUCAUUGCCCGGCAACAGGAGUUGCGCAACGUCACCAACAUCCUGAUCGCUAACCUGUCGUGCUCCGACAUCCUCAUGUGCGUGGUGUGUCUUCCUGUCACCGUCAUAUACACACUGAUGGACCGCUGGGUGCUGGGGGAGGCCCUGUGUAAGGUGACUCCCUUUGUUCAGUGCAUGUCAGUCACAGUUUCUGUCUUCUCCCUGGUGCUGAUUGCUCUGGAGCGUCACCAGCUCAUCCUACAUCCUACCGGCUGGUCCCCGGCUGCCGGACACUCCUACCUGGCUGUCGGGCUCACGUGGCUGGUCGCUUGCUUCAUCUCUUUGCCUUUCCUCUCCUUCAACAUCCUCACUAAUGACCCCUUCCAGAACAUCAGCCUGCCCGCCAACCCCUUCAGAGAACAUUGGACCAAUCUGAUCUGUAUGGAGCUGUGGCCGUCAGAUAAGCAUCGUCUCGCCUACACCACCUCGCUGUUGCUCUUCCAGUACUGCCUGCCUCUGCUGCUGGUGCUGCUCUGCUACCUCAGGAUCUUCCUCCGCCUGAGGCGACGCAGGGACAUGCUGGAGCGCAGCAGGAGGACUCAGGGAGCCCAGAGGAUAAAUGUCAUGCUGUUCGCCAUCGUCGUAGCCUUCGCUCUGUGCUGGCUGCCGCUCAACGUCUUCAACACGCUGUUUGACUGGCACCACCAGGCCCUACCCGACUGCCAGCACAACGCCGUCUUCUCCGCCUGCCACCUGACAGCGAUGGCCUCCACCUGCAUCAACCCCGUGGUGUACGGCUUCCUCAACAGUAACUUCCAGAGGGAGCUGAAGUUGACGCUGCAGCGCUGCCAGUGCGGCAACGGGGCGGCGGAGAGCUACGAGAGCUUCCCGCUCUCCACCGUGGGCAGCGAGGGCAUGACGAAAGCAACCUCCCUCAACAGGAUGGGAUCAGUGUGCGUUCCCUCACCCAGACCCGAGAUCAGCUCCGCAAUACCUGCGAAGACAAUACCAGCCAACACCUAAUAAUGACCAAGAACUGUUUUCUGGCAAGUGGCUGGAACAGUGUGCAACAGACCGUCAAGUCAAAUAAUACUUCAAUACUUUACUUUGCUGCCACAGUGAAACAGCGUCUGUCACUCCGGCUGGCUGUUCGGCAGCAGGAAGGGACGAGGCCGGAGGUCGGCGGAUGUAGCUUCACGUCCAGAACACGGGAAUCUUAAUAAUAAUAGGAAUGAUCUUGUAAAUGGUGUUUGUUGAGGGACGUGGAUAAAAAAGCAGAAGCGCUGCAAGGACGGAAUGUUCUCUGAAGCCUCCCUUGGUUACCGUUGCUAUGGCCGUUGAUCUUUGCAUUCUAUAAUGAGCAACGAGAACGACGGACGCAGAUUUCCUGCCAAAAUACAUGGUACAUUUUGAAACAAUGGAUCCACGAUUUCAUACAGAAGCGUAAUUAGGAUUAAAAGGUUUUCUGUAACAGUUACAUAAAAUAAAGAUGUAAUCAGAUUACCGAUACAUUUAGUAGAAAUUAGCUUUAUUAGCAGGAUUACAAUUUUUCAAUCCAUUUUAAAAUAAAGACGGAUAUAUUACCACGCAUUACAACACGCAACCACACGAGUCUCAUACAGUGGCCUCUAAACUGGGUGGAAAUGUCCCCGUGUGUUUGCAUGUACAGCAGAAGACGCUGCACAGCGCAGUGCAAGUUAUCGCAACGUUUCCAGUUCAUCAAGAUUAUUUAUUUUUGCAGAGACGUCGCAGCGUAAAAAGACGGUUUGUAGGAAAUGAGCGAACCGCUUCAAAUGUUCUGCUCCAGCAAACAUAACACAUUUUAAAUUACAGCGCAUCGUAACUUGCACUGUUCUGUGACGUUGUGCUUUUCAUCAAGUUACUGACUACAGUAUUUAACACGUAAUUGUAUCGGAAUACAUUUUUAGGGUUACCAUGCACCAUGUAGAGGGGUCGCAAAGAUCCACUUGAUAUCCUCCUAACACCCUGAAGCUAAGCUAACAGGGUCCAGGUAAAAAGGUUAGCAUCGUUAACGAUCUAGAAGACGUGGAAAUAAAGAAACUGCUUUGUUCUUGUAUUGCAGAUUCAGCAGUUAGCUCUGUGUUAUAGUGUGAUAAGACUGUAUUAUAAAGUAUUAUACAGAACAGGAAGAUGUUGUGUUGUUCUAGCGUAACCCUGUGUGGCUGCUUACUGUCGGAACACAUACCAAACAACACGGGUUAGAUUAGGCUUCAUACCAAAUCUCUGGCAACACAUUUAGUUGUAAAAUGUUGAAGGACACAAAGAACAUAAUAUAUAUGUGUUUUAUAUGUGACUUUGCAAAUGUAACUGAAUCUGAUAGUGAACACACAAGCAUUAUAACAGUGUGGUGGAGAUUAUUAUAUAUAUAUAAUAUAUAUAACGGGAGGUAAUGAGGCUGUGAUGAAUACAGUGAGCAUUUAGAAACAAUUUUCAGUGGCUGAGUUAUAAAUACAAUGAAGUCUAUGAGAUGUAAUUAUUAUUGAUGCCACGCAGCCUUACUCAAACUUUGUUGAAUGUUUUACAUGCUGAGGAAUCGGUACGUUUUGUAGCAGUUACCAGACUCAACACUGUGAACAAGCACCAAGAGUUUUAAGAUACAACCUCUGGUGUGUGUGUUCAGUGACGCUCCCGAAUCUCAAAGUCUGCUCCCAAAAGAAGUUUUAUCUUAAAGUUCAAUUUCCCUUCGUUUUUCGUUAAAUUCAAGUUUCAAUUGAAGCUUUCAUUUUUAUAUUUUAUUCUUUCCAUAUUUCACUUUCUAUACUCUAAUUAACAUUUAGCAAUAUUACACCAAAUUAAAAAAUGUGUUUCCUCUUUCUUGUUAUAUCUAAUUAAUACAAAAAAAAAUCAAUUUUACCUUUUUAUUUUAUUUGUGUUUGAAAUGAUCCGCCAUAAACUGCGAGUCAAAUCUGGGACACCCGGCACUAUCAGGGAGAGUAUCUUUACCAAAUGUAACUGUAACAGCGUUUUCUUCUUCGCUGAAUUCUCUGUCAAGUGUGUCAGUUCAUUGUGGCCGUGUCAUUAAACCAAGUGUGAAAAAUGGA